GCCACUCGGCUGUACCUUUCUGACGCCCUGGAUAACUUCCUCGAUCACAGUCACAUCCAUCUCCAUCCUCUUCCAUCUCGCACGUUUUCUCUCGCUUUGGAGCUGGUCUCGUGGGGUAACGUUCCCAAGCGUUCGCGCUCUCGCUUUCUCAUUGUCUUUUCUUCUUGUGAGGAUGGAGCUUUCGUUGCUGUCACUCUGAUCCACCAGCCCCCGAUGGGUUCUCUCGGCAGCUUCCUCUUCGUAUACUUCCUCGGCGGACUCACCUUCAUCCCUCUGGUCCUGUCGCUGGUCCUCCUCUAUGCCUACUUAACCCUUCCGCCGCCGCCGCCCUCCUACAAAACAUGCGAUCAGACGCAGGAUGACCCCAUUCACCGCCCGACCGAUGACCAAUACAGCCUCAAGUCCGGGACGGAUGAGCUGGCGGAGAAAUUCCAUCGUAUCCAUCAUGAAUCCGAUGUCGCGGCCGGAUACUUUGCUGUUUGUCGUGAAUACGUUCCUGGUGGAGUCAAUGGAAAGCCACCCGAAAGAACCACCCCCGCUGGUGAGGUGAUCGCCGCCGAAAGCCCUAGUGUCUACCAGACUAUGUACAGAAGCCUUUUCGAUCGAAAGCAGACACCAAGUAUUGAACCGGCCAAGAACAAUGGGAAGAAUGGGAAAAGGGCUAGGAAUGUGUUCUAUAUCGUUCUCCGGCAUGGCCAUCUGAUGCUUUAUGAUGAUGCAAAUCAGGUAGAGGUACGAUAUGUCAUUUCCCUCGCACACCAUGACGUGAAAAUCCACGGCGGGGAAGGGGAUAUUCCUGAAGGUGAGCUUUGGUUGAAACGAAAUGCCAUCUGUCUUUCCCGUCGGCUGGAAUCGCUGGCGGACCUGGGCGGACCAACACCUCCUUUCUUUCUUUUUUCAGAAAACCUAUCAGAGAAGGAGGACUUUUAUUUCGCCAUGCUUCAGAACCAGACGAAGCUGUGGGAUUCGCCGGAUAAGCCGCCCAAGGCCCAGAAUUUCGACGUUGAGCAUAUCGUCACCCUUGUCCAGCGUCUGCAUUCGUCAGAGAAACAAUUGCAGACGCGAUGGAUCAAUGCCGUGCUGGGAAGAUUGUUCCUGGCUUUCUACAAGACACCAGAAAUGGAAGAGUUUGUGCGGGGCAAGAUCACCAAGAAGAUUUCUCGAGUCAACAAGCCCAACUUUAUCAGCAAAAUCGGCUUACAGAAGAUUGACAUGGGGGAGGGUGCCCCCUUCAUCACCAACCCGAGGCUUAAAGACCUGACAGUCGAUGGGAAUUCCUGUGUUGAAACUGAUAUCCAGUAUACUGGCAACUUCCGCGUGGAAAUCACGGCCACCGUGCGGAUUGACCUAGGACAGCGUUUUAAGGCGAGAGAAGUUGAUAUUGUUCUCGCAGUGGUGCUGAAAAAGCUUGAAGGUCACCUAUUGAUGCGCUUCAAACCUCCCCCGAGCAACCGGGCCUGGAUCUCGUUUGAAACAAUGCCACAUAUGGUCAUGGAUAUUCAACCUAUUGUCAGCUCAAAACAAAUCACAUAUGGUGUGAUCCUUCGUGCCAUCGAAAGUAGGAUCCGAGAAGUUGUUGCCGAGAGUGUUGUUCUACCCUUCUGGGACGACAUGCCUUUUAUGGACACGUCCUCACAGCCUUUCCGUGGAGGCAUAUGGCAGCGGGAGAUCCCCAAGCCUGGCUCCGAAGCCGAAAUCCCUGAUGAAUCCGGGGAACAGCCUCAAGUACCAGCAGGCGGUGUUAUUAAAGGCGACUCGAUCGAAAUGCUCAAGACAAAAGAUGAUCGCACGAUGAGUAUGCCGGCGCUCUCAGAAUCCGUACCCAAUCCCCUCAAGUCCCGCAAGGGCUCAAAAUCUUCCAUCGUGGAUCUUCAGAGCAAUCUGAGUGCCUUGUCCUCAAGCGUUGAAAAGUCAGGAGAAUCUUCCCCGCCACCCCGAGUUAUUCGUUCACAGACUUUCUCCAAUGCCGCUGAUCCUGUGGUUACGGCCGACAACGUCAACGUGGAUAAAGCUGCGUAUGAUAGCAAGGGUGAUGAGAAGAGCAGUGCUACCAGUGCCAUGAUUGAAAUUUCAAGUCGCUCUCAGCCUAGCUCACCAAACAGAACGCCUAGUGGAUCGCCUCUCACGGACGGUCUUAUCGUCCCAGAUAGUGUAUCACAGAGCCGGGAACCCUCUAUUGCAGAAUCUAUGGAAAGCAUUGAGGAACACAGCAGUGGGUCUCCUAAGCGGCCAUCUUCUGCUCAUUUAAGCAAUGAUUCUCUCAAUAUGAGAAGCGCCAGAGACGGCUCUAGCACAUCGAUAGGGAGCGAUAAAUCUCGGCGGCGCAGCACACUCGAGACGUUGACCCGAUCAGUUACCUCUGCAACAACUUCCUCUGGCGACAAACCUCAGGGAAGCAUGUCUUUAGGGACAGCAACGGCUGCGGCCAAGAAAUGGGGUUGGAACAUGUUUGGAAAGGGUGAUCAGAAUGCUAGCCACUCAGGGCCUCGACCUGCUGGUACUCCAGAGGAGCCGAUGGGGCGGGGCCAUCCCCUUCCUCCUCCUGGCACUCCAUUACCACGUCCUGAGAACUUUGGUGGCUUCAAGAAGAAUAACGUACCUCUUCCGAAACGAAAGCCUGUGCCGCCGCCGCCACUCCCAGAGCGCAACAGGGAAUUGAACAAGAGACCCGUUCCUAAACCACCCUUACCGAAGCGGAAUACUGUGUCUAUUUUGGAACAAGAAGAGGAUUUCCAAGAUGAAUUACUGGUUGUCGAGGCGCCUUACGAUUCGGGGCCCAACAGUCCUGCUGAUUUUACUUCAAAUGUAGGUUUUCGUGAGGAGAGUACCAACCGGGAACCUAGCCCUGCAAUGGAGGGCCAUGCAAAUAUAGAUAAUCAGCCCUUGAAAGAGAAUGAUCGCCGGCAUACUGACCAGAACUCUGUGCCACGAAGUCCAAGCACAAAACAUGGCAUGGAGAUAUUUUCACCCACGGACGGGAUUAUUCCUUGACUGGACGCAUCUGCAUGAUAUUGAUACCCUGGGCAUAAACAACAGAAAUCUUACUUACAGGUUAUUGAUUCAUAUUAUCAUUAAUAAUAGCUCUGCAGUGCAGGGCAGGCGUUAUCAUUUCCUUUUUACCGGCCAUGAUUUGCAGUUUGUUCGUCAGCGAUCACAUUUCCGGUGGGCCAUUUCGAUGGACGGUCUUUGGUUGGGUGAUUGUGAACACUGAGACUUGCUGUAAGUCAAGACUUUCAGCCAUUGUGGUAGUGUACGGGGUAUGGCGACGAGAUAUAUUCCUGUUUUGUUAGGCAGCUUCAAAGUAUACCCAUGCCGCGCGUCCGGGCAC